GUUCGGCGGCGCCGUCACUCACUUUCUUCAGCUGUUCGUCACGAAAUCCCCUGGGUUCUCUAACUAAGGUUUCCACAACAUGCUCCCCAAAAUUGCAAGAAUCCAAUUAAUGAGUUCCCAUCCACAAGUAUACGACCCAUGCGAUGACUCAUUCGCAUUGGUAGACGCACUUCUAGCCGAUAGAUCAAACCUAAUCAAACACCGCCCUUCGAUCUGCAUGGAAAUAGGGUGUGGUAGCGGGUACGUGAUCACUUCCCUAUCCCUUCUCCUCGGUAAGGAAUAUUCCGGCGGGGCCUACUACAUCGCCACAGACAUCAACCCCCACGCGGUGACGGUGACUCGGGAAACCCUAGAGUCACACGGCUGUCACGCAGAGGUAGUGAACACCGACAUCGCAUUGGGCCUCGAGAAGCGCCUGGCAAGAUCCGUGGACGUGAUUGUUGUGAACCCGCCUUACGUGCCGACGCCGGAGGAGGAGGUCGGCUGCAGCGGCAUUGCGGCGGCUUGGGCCGGCGGUGAAAACGGACGGAGGGUUAUUGAUCGGAUAUUGCCGGUUGCCGACGGCCUUUUGUCGGAUAAGGGGUGGUUGUAUUUGGUCACGCUAGCGGCAAAUAACCCGUUGGAGUUGUGUCUUGAGAUGAGGAAGAAAGGGUAUGCUUCUAGAAUCAUCUUGCAGCGGUCGACGGAGGAGGAGAGCCUCCACAUCAUCAAAUUCUGGCGGGAUUCGGAUGUUCUGAUGGACGCUAACGAGCGUGUGACGGUGAACAAAACGGGGAACGGGAUGGCUUCGGAAUCUGCCGCUUUCUCUCCGUUCUCGAUUUGGAGACGUGGCAAUCAGAAUGUUUGAACUAGUAUGAGAACGGAGGGGUAUUUUCGUAAUUUGGACAAAGUUCUACAUCCUGCCACAUGGGCAAAAAAGAAGACCCAUUCAGGUGCAAAUUCCAAUCCUUGUCAGCUGGUUAAAUCAAAUUGAAUUUUGUGACAAAUCUAACAGUGUGAAUUUUGGCGGGAACCGUAACAGGCCUUGUACAAGUUUAUAUUUGUCUUUUUUUUUUCUUCUUAAAUAUUGC